CCGCAGUGACGCUUGUGACGAGUGUGUUUGCAGAUGCUCAUUUACUUGUGCUCGUUCACUUGCUUUGCGUGUCUGUCUGGUUUGGCUUCAAGUGCAAAGUUGCGAGUGAAAGUAGCCGAUGAAAUGUGAAAUCGCCGUUACCGCUAUCAUUGUGGAGGUACCCAUUUUGACAGAGGUUUACUCACGGUUAACUUCUGCCACCCGCCCUUGCCUCAGAUGAUUAUCUCUUUAAAAAGGAUGUGAAAGGCACAGCCGGCGGGUGCCACCUGGAGCAUGGCUCCUGGCGGCUGAGCCAUGCUUCUGGAAAGCCUGAGUGCCGUGUCUCCCUGGUGCCAUGCCAGCCAACUCAGCAUCCGGCGGUGCAUGCUUGGGGCACUGGCCCUGGGCCUCUGCUCUCUACUCUUGUCUGUCUAUGUCAUCAACCACAACUCGCUCCGGGGUCUCCUGCGGUCACCCCCGCCACCACGCCCCACCUUCCAAUGCCGCUCGCAGCUUGAUGGCAGUGGACCUCGCGAGCAGAGUGCUGCCAAUGUACAUGCAUCGAGUGCGCAGCUCCGCCUUGACCCUCGCGUACUGGUGUUUGUGGAAACACAAUUCUCCAAGCUGGGCAAGCAGAUCUGCGAGAUUCUUGAGGGAAGCCGCUUCCGCUUUAAGGUGGAGACGACGGGCAAGACGCUGCCGGUGCUCACAAACCUAGACAAGGGCAAGUUUGCCGUGAUUGUCUUUGAGAACUUUGAAAAAUACCUCGCCAUGCACAAGUGGAAUAGGGAGCUCAUUGACAAGUACUGCCGGGAGUACAGUGUCGGCAUUAUUGGCUUCAUUCGACCACGCGAGGACACCUAUACAGGUGCACAGCUCUCUGGUCUUCCUUUGUACAUGCACACAAACAUGGCCCUGAAAGACUACCAGCUGAACCCUUUGUCAUCAAUUUUGAGAAUUGCUCGGGCUGGAGAAACAUUUUCUGGCAACUUACCUGGUGAAGAUUGGACGGUGUUUCAGCCCAACCAUUCUACUUUUGUUCCCUUGGCACAGGCCAGGUCACAGCAUGAUGAUAUUGCUGAUGGCAAUGGGCCACAUACCACUGUUGUACAGGACAUAGGGAGAUUCGAUGGCAUCCAGAGGGUUAUUUUUGGAAAUGGCUUUGGCUUCUGGUUGCACAAAUUGCUAUUCUUGGAUUCAAUUUCCUUUCUCUCACAUGGCAAGCUGAGUCUGCCCCUGCAGCGCUACCUUCUCAUAGACAUCGAUGACAUCUUCGUGGCUGAACGGGGCAGUCGCAUGAUGACCCAUGAUGUGCAGGCACUGCUGGAUGCACAGCAACAGUUCCGGAAAUUAAUUCAUGGCUUCCGCUUCAAUCUUGGCUUUUCUGGCAAAUUUUACCACCGUGGUUCACACGAGGAAAAUAAAGGAGAUGACAUGCUACUCUCUCAUGCCCAUGAAUUCUGGUGGUUUUGUCACAUGUGGAGCCAUAGCCAGCCUCAUCUUUAUGACAAUGUGACGCUACUAGAGACUGAAAUGAGGCUCAAUCGAGAGUUUGCCAAGAAGCACCGUAUCCAGACAGACUCUGGCUAUUCAGUAGCACCUCAUCAUUCCGGUGUGUACCCUGUUCAUGAGCCCUUAUACGAUGCCUGGAAGAAGGUCUGGAACAUACGUGUAACCAGCACGGAAGAGUACCCACACCUUAGGCCAGCUAGGCUGCGCCGGGGAUUCGUCCACCGUAACAUAAUGGUACUGCCAAGACAGACAUGUGGCCUUUAUACUCAUACCAUCUUCCUUGAGCGAUAUCCAGGUGGCAGAGAAAAAUUGGACAGAAGCAUUCAUGGCGGUGAUCUGUUCUACUUGUUUGUUUACAAUCCGAUCAACAUCUUUAUGACCCACUUGUCAAACUAUGGAAAUGAUCGUCUCUCUUUGUAUACCUUUGAAUCUGUCUUGAAGUUCAUAAAAUGCUGGACUAACUUGAAGUUGAGCACCAUUCCACCACUUCAGUUGGCGGAGAAGUAUUUCCAGAUGUACCCUGAUGAGACAGACCCCAUCUGGAUGAAUCCUUGUGAAGACAAACGCCAUCUGUCAAUCUGGUCAUCAAGCAAGUCAUGUGAACAACUGCCAAAAUUUCUAGUCAUUGGUCCCCAGAAAACUGGUACAACUGCACUGUAUACUUUCCUGACCUUGCAUCCAACAAUAGCAAGCAAUCACCCCAGCCCAGACACAUUUGAGGAAGUACAGUUCUUCAAUGGGAAAAACUAUUACAGGGGUCUUGACUGGUACCAAAGCUUUUUCCCAGCACCUAAGAAUGGAAGUGCACCCUUUCUCUUUGAGAAGAGCGCGAAUUACUUUGACGGGGAGCUGGUGCCUCAGCGUGCCCAUGCCCUCCUGCCUCGUGCCAAGCUGGUGACCAUCCUCAUCAGCCCCACAAAACGGGCGUAUUCCUGGUAUCAGCACCAGCGGUCCCAUGGUGACACAGUUGCCCUCAACUUUACUUUCUAUGAUGUGAUCACAGCCAAUGAUCACUCACCCAAGCCUUUACGGGAGUUACGUAAUAGGUGUCUCAACCCUGGUCUUUACGCACAGCACCUAGAACGUUGGCUUAGUUUCUACCCACCACAACAGCUUAUGAUUAUUGAUGGAGAAGAACUCAAGUCUGAUCCAGUACGUGUUAUGAACAAGCUCCAAACAUUCCUUGCCAUCACCCCAUUCUUCGAUUACAGUGGAUCACUGAGGUUCGACCCUCACAAAGGCUUCUUCUGCAAAGUGCUCUCCCAGAACAACCGCACCAAGUGCUUGGGACAGGGCAAAGGGCGCCUCUAUCCACCCAUGGACAUUCGGGCUGAGAAGUUCCUCAAGGCUUACUACCUGUCACACAAUGUGGCUCUCUCCAAGCUGUUCAACAACCUCAGGCAACCUCAGCCACAUUGGCUCAAAGAAGACCUUUCACGGGGAUGAGUCUGUUUGCUUCUUCUGUUUGCCAUUUUUGCCCUUAUUAAAGGGCAUGACAAAGUCAGGCUCUUCCUCUGGCCUAGCAAUGUGUCAUGGAACACUGUGCCAUAGUACCGCUUGUGCCAGCAAGCUUGACGGCCUUGUGGAAAUUAAUAGAAAAGAGGCACAUAGUCUUUUGUGCUCUGUGUCACCUUGAGACUUACAAGGAGCGUUCAUGACGCUGUAUAAACUAAGAUGCUUUACAGAAAUUUCUUCAUGAAAUAGACCAGGGUCUUAUUCUUGGGCCAUUUGCCACUUGGUCUUUGUUUUUCAAGUGAAAAGAAAGAGCACAUACUUUUUCAGUAUUUUUGAAAAGGGUGAAAAAAAAAUGAAGGAAUGGCUUCCUGCCUGAUGCAGCAUUGCUGAAGCAGAGGGGCAGUUGCUGUAAUCAACUGACACUUAUGUCUGCAUCUGCCGUUUGUACUUUAUUCUUCAAGUUCUCACCUUGGUAUAAUUGGUGUUCAAACUUUAUUCAUGCACCAUUCAGCAGUCGCCCUGAUAUUCUUAAAUUGAGAUUUUCUUAAGUGGGUGAUUAUUAUGCCGAGCUCAAUUCGCUUUUAAGUUGAGAAAAUUUGGUGCUUAGAGCAGCGAAAAUUCUCAUUUCGUAAAAACUACCUAUUUUCUGUGAGUCAUUAGUUCGAGUCCUCAUGUCCCUGCAUUUUAUAAGGACUGAAUUGUUCAUAUAGGUUCUCAUGUUACAAGGAAUCUGUUUGUGGGCUUGCCAUUAGGAGCAGGAGUGUCCACUUUAGCCUAACUAAAUGUGUGGUGCACUCAAGUCUCUCUCAUAAAAGAAACUGCUGAUGCUCCUUGCCAAAGGCCUUGAGACCAGCAGCGCCUGAUGAAACAUCGAUGUUGUUUGUACCUCUGUGCUGUGUGCUCCAUUUGUGAAUGCUGUGCCAGAUAGGGCAACUGAUUGCUGCUGAUAUUUUUUGGACUCAUGCCAUGUGUCCUGAAGUGUGUCAUUCUCCUUGCAGACAUUUUAUAUACAUAGUGGGAAAACACCUUUGCUCACUGGGUGUUUGUCUCCUGCCGGUUAGUUGGCUUGGUAUUGCAGGUCACUUUUCAUAAGUGGUUCAAAGGUGGUGUGCUCCUAAAUAUAUAUAU